UCUCCCUCUCUCUCCCUGGCUGGUCCAUAUGUUCAGAAUCUCAGGCUAAUCUCAUCCAGUGCUAGCUGACUGCUCGCCGUAUAUCACUUCUAUUUUGUGGGCUUGCGUUCAUGAGAAGUGACAGUGUGGGAGUUUCAGAGGGUUUGUGACAUUGACAUCCACAGGUGCUGGGGAGAAGAUGAAGGGCAUGCAGCGUAACCCUGUCUCCUCUUCUUGUCAUUGCAGUGGAGUGGCCAGAUCGGACAGCAAGAUCAGUGCCAAGGCCCUAUACGAACAGAGGAAAAAAUACUCCAACUCCAAUUAUAUCAUGCAUGAGACAUCGCAGUAUCAUGUUGAGCAUCUCUCCACAUUCAUUAUGGACACGACAGAGUCCAUCACCACAGUGGAUGAUGCCAUCCGGAAACUGGCCCUUCUGGACUCAAAAGACAAAAUCUGGACCCAGGAGAUGCUCCUGCAGGUCACCGACAAGGCGGUCAGGCUGCUGGACUGUGACACACAGGAAGAGUUGGAGAACUUCCCUCUUCCCACGAUCCACAUGAGUCAGUCGGUCCUGAAUCAGACACGUUACCCCUCCGUGCUGCUGCUGGUGUGUCAGGACAAGGAGCAACACAAACCCGACAUACACUUCUUCCACUGUGAUGAGGUGGAUGCUGAGAUGAUUCAUGCAGAUAUAGACAGUGCCAUUGGAGACAACAAGCAUGGAAAGAAAAUGAGGCUUCAGACUCUGAAGGUGAAUCAGGAGAAAAUGAAGCGUCACAGAGAAACCAUUCUCCCUCCCUCGGCCUCUAAGGGCCCCUCACCUGCUGCGAAGGGACGUGUAGCAGCCACGAACACACAGGAUCGACGAGCCUCCGGACAAAAUGACACUGAAUCACAUGAAAAGCUGGCCCAGCGCAUUGAGAAGGAUGUACAAAUCCUCAAUUGUGCCUUGGAUGACAUAGAGAUCUUUGUGGCGCGGCUGCAAAAGGCAGCAGAGGCCUUUUCUCAGCUCAACCAGCGCAACAAGAGUAAGAAGAAUAAGAAGAAAGGACCAGCAGAGGGCAUGCUGACCCUGCGGGCCAAGCCCCCCUCUGAAGCAGAGUUCAUUGAUAGCCUGCAGAAACUGAAGCUGGCCCUCAACCUCUUGGCUAAACUGAAGAAGCACAUACAGAAUCCAAGUGCGUCUGAGCUGGUUCAUUUUCUCUUCGGCCCUCUGGAGCUGGUGCUGCAGAGCUGUGGGAGUCCUGAACUGGUGCGUUCAGUAAUCUCUCCUCACCUUUCCAAAGACACUGUUGACUUCCUGCGGGGACACCUCACCCCCAAAGAGAUGACCAUCUUUGAGCUGCUGGGGGAUGGAUGGACCAAACCCAGAGCGGAGUGGCCCAGGGAUCAGUGCGCUCCUCCUUAUCACCCAAAGUUUCGGAAUGGCUGGGAGCCGCCGGCGGAGUUCUUCAGGACGGCCCCAUGGGAAACAGAGGGACCCACUGGGCCACCGGGCUCUCCCAUCAGCCCCGAUUACAGAAAACACUCAACUGAAGAUUAUUAUGGAACUCAUUCCUCAAACUCGUCAAAUGGGUCUCACAAUGGGAUGCCCCCCACCCGCAAAUAUGCCAAAAUUCGCUACCACUUUGUUGCACGGAAUGCCAACGAGCUGUCAGUGCUGCAGGACGAAAUCCUCGAGGUGAUAGAAGAUGACAAACAGUGGUGGAAACUGCGGAAUCGCAGCGGUCAGGCCGGCUACGUCCCAUUUAACAUGCUGGACGUUGUAAAGAUCGAGGAGCCAGAAGCUGCCUACAACCAGCAGGGUUACAGGACUUCACCUCCUGGUUCUCUGAGCCAUGGAGAGAGCUUCAACAAGGGUAGACCAAAAAAAGACAAAAUGAUGGAUCAGGUCAACGAUGAGCUAUUGAUGAUGAUCACUGCUAACAAAAGGCAGCCACCGAAUUUCCGUGUGGAGCGACCAUCUGGCAGCCAAGUACCGCUCAACUUUGACUCAAACCCAGAGCAGGUGACCGCAUGGCUCAGAGCAAAAAAAUUCUCCAAACCGACUGUUGAAUGUUUGGGGAUCCUGACUGGAGCCCAACUGUUUUCCCUCAACAAAGAAGAACUGAAGGCGGUGUGCGAAGACGAAGGCGGUCGUGUCUACUCUCAGAUCACCGUGCAGAAACAACAGCUGGAGAAGAGCGGCGGAGACUCAGAACUGCAGGAGAUCAUGAAGCGGCGGCAGCAGAGGAUCAACUCUGGAAGCAAAGACUGAACCUGCCGUCCAGCACAACCCACCCAGAUGCUUUUGCUAACUCACUGCAGCAGCUUCUUCAAUCAAUCUAUUGUUAAUUAUGACCUGCAGUAGAACAUAAUGAAAUGUUGUAUACAUAUUUAAUUGUAUAUUUAUUUUAUAUCACCCAAUGUGUAUGUAUAUCAGUGUUUUCUUAUGUAAUUAUGUUGCUUUCAUGGUCUCAUUAAAUUUUGUUGUAUGAAAAGAGGAUCAUAUGAAUCUAUGUACAGUUUUUUGUGUAUGUGUGUGUUUGUGUGUGUGUGUGUGAGGGCGCAUGUAAGCACAUCAUGCAUGUAACGUAGAUAUUUGUACGAGCAGUGUGGUUAAUGUUUAUGCUCAUUGUCAAUAUUGCAGCUGUUUACUGAAUGACUUAAAUAAGUAGAUCUUAGCUAUUGCAUAUCUAAAUAUGUGCCAGAAUGUUUGACACAUUUCCUGAUAUAUAGCCAAUUUUUUUCAUAUCGAUGUUUACAAGUAAAAUAAAUAAUAAAACAUGCUCUAUGUCAGAAGUAGUCUCAUGCUGGUUGGUAACUGCAGAUCAGCAGUAGGUAUUAAUAUAAAUAAUGUUGCUGUUUAUAAUCAGAAUUCAGACAUUCUGACAAGAGAAACUGUCAAUAAUCCUGCAUGAAGUUAUUGUGAAUAACAGUGAGAUGCUGUCACUAAUGUGUAUGAGACUGAUGUAUGCAGCAUGAUAUUUUGCAGUGUAAACUGCACAGACACAGGAAUAAUAAGGAAUAUAUGAGACUGUGUUGUUCUGAUAUGAAUAAUUAAAUGAAGAUGUAGACAACACAUUCAAGGGGUUGUAAAUA